GUAUCACAAUGAAGAACGCAAGUGGUGGAACAUGGUCGUCGUCAAUGUGUUCUAGGCUCUCGUCGACUAGGAGUCCAGUUGUGUAGAGGAGCAGGAUAGCAUCUAGUAUCUAGUAAGAUGACUUCGGAACUGGGCAGACAGCGUGUUGUUGUGGUCGGAUGGAGCAGGGCGAGUGUGAGCCCCGUGGCCAGGAUGCUGAGUCGUGUCAAAGUUCCCGUCGUCUGCUACCGACCCAUCGUCGUCCGUAUUGCGUCUCGGUCGGAGUUCGCACGAACGCACUCGUGCUAAACAAGUGCCCGCAAACCAUCCUCAUCUAAACACAAAACUAAAUUGAAAAAACUCUAAAUUCAAUAUAAACUUUCUAUUUUACAAAUGAACAAAUUGUUAACGCGCUAAAACUGUUUGAGUAGUGUUGUUCUAAAAUGGCAUCCGCCCGACGAAGUCCUCCCAAAUCAGUGCCAAGGGCACUUUCAAACAUUGCCGCCAAUUUUGAAGAUAUUACAAUGAAUAAUACUCUAAUGCCGACUUCUCCCAAGUGCACUUCUCCGCCGGGAGGUGACAAAAUGGUGUCGCCGGGACGUGUGCGGACCAUGAAAGAAUACGAAGAACAAAUGGCUGAACUCAAAAAGGAAAACUUCAAUUUGAAACUUCGUAUUUACUUCAUCGAGGAGCGGCAGGAGCAAAUGAAGGGCAUGAAGGAUGUCGAUGAACUUUUCAAAAAGAAUGUUGAAUUAAGUUGUGAAUUGGAGACACUAAAAAGGGAUUUAUCAGAAAGGGAAGAACUUCUGCUUCAAUCUGCAAAAGCAGUGGAAGUUCUACAAAAUCAGCACAAAAAGCAACUAGAAGAUUUGAAGAUAAGCACAGCCAAAGACAAGGCUUACCUAGAAGAGCACAUUGUCAGUUUACAAAAGGCACUUCAUGAAAAGGAUGAAACGUUUAAUCAAUUUGAAGACUCCACAGCCAUGUACGCUCUGGCAUUUGGUUUCAACAGUAGGCAAGACCAGAGGCCAAACAAGACAUUGGCAAUCCAGGAGGAGAUGAAUGCAAUGCUUCUAAAAAUGAGUGAGUAUGAAAAUGAACUUCAAGGAGAGAAGCAUGAUUAUCGUAUGCUAGAAGAAGAAUUUGAACGUGCCAAAGAAGAGAGUUGCCGUUUGUCCAGCCAAGUGUCCGCCCUGGAAGAAGAGCUUGAGAAGAGAGACGGUCAGCUGCAGCAGGCUCUCUUCAAUCUGGAGAGCAAGAGUGAACAACUCGAUGCUCUCUCGCAAAAAUUGGCCAGAAAAGAUAAGACAAAGAAUGAAGAACUGACUGAGAAAACUCACAGGAUAAAAGAGUUGGAAAACAAGAUCUCUGAGUUGGAAAGGAAAGUACACUUGAAUCUGUCAGGAUCGAGAAGCAGCCUUGAAUCGUCAAAUGGAAGCAACUCUUCCAGAGAAACGUCAUCAAAAUCGCGACUGCGGAAGAGCGAGGAGCGGUCACUAGAGAAGCAGCUGCAGGAGACGCGCUGCAAGCAGCAGAACUUGGAGCAGCAGAUGAACUUGCGGCUGCAGGAUAUGCAGCGCGUGUGCGAGCGCAAGGAGAAGACCAUUGAAGAGCUGCAGGCCAGCUACACCAAGGCAUGCGUCACGCUGCAGAGCCUCAUGAAGAAGUGCAAACUCAAAGAGAAGGAGGUCGACACGCUACGCGCCGAACUCAGCAAGAAGGACAGAAUGCUCGAAAAGCACAACUUGGAGGCGUCUCGCUCACUCAGCAGUUCAGCCAACACCGCCAGUCUGGAGAAGUUUGAUGAGGAUUCGAACAUCCAAUUUGGCUGCUCUGAACAAGAAUUGAGAGAACUGUAUACCACUCAUCAGAAGGUCAUUCAGGAUAUGGAGAGUCAGUUCCAGAGCAUCCGGUUGUCACUUGAAGAGAAGGAGGCGAAGCUCAGAGAUAUGGAGGAAAAGGUCAUCAGUCUGGCCAGAACUGAUAUCAAGGAUAACAGAAUUGCUGAACUUGAGGGCAAACUUGUGGAAAUGAAGAUCAAAUUCGACAACAUCGAAUUCAAUGAGGAAAGCAACAAAGAGAACAUUGAAAGCAAGGCAACAAUGACAAGGGAGUUGGAAUGCAAGAUGAAAGAGAACGAACAUUUGCAGAAAGAGCUGUCAAAACGUAAUUACAAUUUACAAGAGUUGAUUAACAAGGAGUUGUGGGAUAAGAACAAGGAAAUUGAGAAAUUGAACAAAAUCUGUGAUCGACGUCAGAUGGAGAUCUUACAGCUGCAACGUUUGGUUGCCGAGAGGCAGUCAGCUCUGAGCUUUGAAGCAUCCAAAGACUUGAAGUGUGUGGAGAUGGCAAGAGACAAAACUUCUCCCAACAAAUUCACUCCGAGUGAAAUGAAAACGUUGCAUGACCAGUUGUUGAAAAGUUUAGAAGAGAAGAAACUGCUGAAUCGGAAAGUGGAAGAAUUGGAGCAGCAGCUGCAUAAUAUGCCCGAACGUGAUAAUGACAGUCCGCUAGUUCAGAAGCUGAAGAAUGACUUGAUGAAAGCUAGAGCGGAUGUUGAAACAGCUGAUAGAUCGCGGAAAGAAGUAGUGUCGGCCUGUUCUCUUCUGACGAAUCGUUUGAAGGAGCUGGCCGAUUUCCUAGACUCGUUGCUUCCAUCGCUGGGCGCCAAGAAACGCCGAGUGGUGCAGCACGCAGUGGAACGCAGUCGCGAACUGUCGCGGUCGUUCUCGGCAGCGGCCGACGACUCGAGCUGCUGGCAGAACCUGCAGCCCAGCCUCUACGUGCCACUGCUGCCCGACUUCUCCACCGUCGACUUCUGGAGUGGCGACGACAUGGCAGACCCGACGCUCGAGGAGGAGGUCACCGACGACCACCACAUGAUCGCUCAGUUGAGGACGCAGAUCGAAACACUCACCGAGCAAGUCAAGCAGAAGGACAUCACACUAGAGAAGAUGCACUCGCAAGUCCUGCAGCCGGACAGCCUUGGCAGCUUGAACGUCUGGAGCUUGGGUCAGUCAACAAUUGACAACUGUGAGGCGGAUGAAAACAACAUAAUGCAUCUGGUGGACAUGCUUGAGAACCUCGAUCGCAACUCCAACUCAACAACUGCUGCCUUUGAUAGGAAUGGCAACAUUUCGAUGAAGAGUAGCAACAUCGGCGAGAUAACAAUCACCAGCCGGAAGGUGGCUCCCAGGGAGAAUGCUGAGAAGCAGUUGCCGACAACUGGAAACGUGUCUGAGUCGGAGGCGUGGUCGGAGCCGGAUCGGAGCGUGUCGCUGGCGAGGAUGGGCCUCGGUGACGAGACUCCGCUCAUGGUCCAGUCCUGGCCCUGCGAUGACUCAUCCGAUACCACCGACAACGCACACAAAUCUCUCAUCAAUGGGAAAAGGACAAAGUAUGGAGCUACUGAAGUGAGGCGACUUCAGAACAGAAUACGUACUCUGGAAUCAGAAAAUGAAGCGCUUAGAGGUGAACUGAACAUUCUUCAUCAGAUCACGCCUCAAGACUUGGCUGUUGGAAAUGUGCAGCAACUUGAAGAGUCAGUCACCAGAGAAGACAAAGCGACCAGCAUAUCCGAAUUGGCAGUUGAAGCAGUUAAAGCCAUUCCAUCAAGCUUGCUGAAUGAUAUUAGACUUCAGAGGGAAAAACUAGAAUCUAUCUUACAUCAUAAUGAUAACUUACGCCGUCAGUUGGAAGAUGUUUAUUCAUCUUACAAGGUGGAUGACGACUGUAAUAACCUGCUGAAUAAUAACCAAUGUGAAAGAUUGACAUUCCCACAAGACCUUGAUUCACUUGAAAUGAAGGAUAGGGAAAUUGAGUCAUUAAAGAAAGAAAAGUUUGAUUGUGUCAAGCAGAUCGAACAACUACGAGAACAGUUGAUGAAGAAAGAAUUGGAAUUGAAUGAUUGUCAAUCAACAUUACUUGGUUACAAGAAAUCUCUUGAAGAAGAGAAGUCUAGGCUAGAGGAGGAGCUUUCCAAAAACCAAAUGGAGUUGCAAACAGUCGAAGCAGAACUGAGUGCGUUGAAGAAGAAGUGCUCAGACUGCAGUGAGGAGAAAUCGGUGCUGUGUCAACAGCUGGAUGUGCACAAGUCGAUCAACGAGAGGAACAGGAGUGAGUUGGACGACCUGAACAGGAGGCUGAAAGCGUGCGAGCAAGCCGAGCAGAAGACCCGCACGGAGAGCGAAGAAUGGCGCAAGAAGUUGGAGGAGUGUCAGUCGGAAGUUGAGGAGGUCAGAACGCGGCUCAGCGAGGUUGAAGGCGAGAGACGGCGCCUGGAGAAGGCGAGCUCGGAUUUGGAGCAGGGAUUCCGUCAGCAACUGGACGCUGCAACCAAGCAAUGUCAGCAGGCCGAAGCCAGGCUCAAAGAAAUGGAAAACAAGCACAAGCAGCGAGAGACGGAGGCGGCAGAACGGGAGGCGGAGUGGAGGCGGCAGGUGGACUCUGCCACACUGACCACGUCGCAGGUGGUGCUCGAACGCACACGUCUUGCCAACGACAAGCUGCGUCUUCAGCAGGAGAUUCGCCGCUGCAGAGAUAGCACUCACCUGGAACGCGUCAAGUCAGAACUGGAGCGGAGAGUGGCGGAGCUGGAAGCGGCCAACAUGGAGCUGGAAACGCGGCUGACGAAGCUGCACGUGAAGAAAGUGCAGUCAGACUCUGAGAACGAUGACGGCGCGUCAGUCCCGUCAUCAGUGCCGUCAGUGGCCGCUUCCGGCUCAAAGCAGGCGUGGGCCCCCUACAGCUGCCCCUCCUCUCCCCUUAGCCCCACCCAUCCGCCCCUCAGCCCCACCCACCAGCCCCUCUCGCCCCACCUCGGCCGCUAUCGCUACAGUUCGCAGAGAAGCAACGACAUCUCAUCCGACUACAUGUCUGACUUCGACAACUAUCAGCCAAAUGCCGGUUCGUGGCCACAAAGACCGUUGACCAGUACUUCGCCCGAUCUGGGAAUUGAAAGCGAUCAGGGUCGGCACUCUAGUUUGGAAGUGAACGCUCAUGCAGUGACAAGAACGAGUAAAGAGCAGAACGAGUUUGCAAGACUGCAAGAGGAGAAUGUGGACCUGCGCAAACAGUUGCAUCACACGAAGCACGCGUUGCAAGACACUCUGUCGCAGCUGACUGUCGCCAACCGCAAGAAGAGGCAGGUCGAGAAAGCCAUUUGCCAGCAGAUCGGAAAGACACACCUCAUCUUGAAGGAAGCAAGAGUUAAUCUUGAAUCCGAUGCUGAUUACAGCUGCUAGUUGUAUACUAUUUGAGUACAAAUGUCUUCAGUUGAUUAUUCUAAACGUGAAUCAACUCUAGGUUUUCAAACAAUAAUUGUCUUUUGAUAAGAUAUUGUCCUUUGGCUUGCCAACAGUAUUACACUUCUAGUUUAUGUGAUUUCUGAUUGUAAUCUCCCUUGUUAUUUAAAUGGGAAACUUUGAACUCCCAAUUGAUUUGAUUAUUUUAAAAAUUACUUCACCACUCAAUUGUUUUUACUUUUAAUCUUAUUACAUUAGAAAUUAUAAACGUUUUCUAACAAUUAAUUUAAUUUUCGUAUUAAUUUUCAAUUUUAUCACCUAUUUUAUUUCAAUUCGAGCAUCUCCGAACCUCUGUUAAAUCGUUUAUUAUGUGGUCAUCAUGAGCUCAACAUGUGCCAAAAAUGUCAAAAACUAUUGUUAUAUGAUGAAACUCUAUCGAACAAACGCCUUUGAGGCAAAUAGUUUUGAUAAAAGAGAUGCUACUUAUAUAUAUAUUUUCGAAUAUCUUAAAAAUUCCAUCCUGAAAUUAGUGUGAUAAUAAUAAUUAUGUUUUAUAUAUAUUAAUGUACAGUUCUAUGUAGUUCAGUGUUGUAAAUAUUGUAGUAUUUUGUAAUAAAACCUUUAAUUUUGUGA